AUGUUCACCAUCCGCCCAGCAACUCCCGCCGACGCCCCUCUCCUCCCCGCAGUCGAACAAUCCGCUGGCCAAACGUUCCGCCAAAUCCAUGACCUCGCCUGGAUCGCCGACGACUCAAACCAACCAGUAGAGCGCCACCUUGCACUGAUCGACCGCGGCGUGGCCUGGGUGGCCGUUGACACUUUGACUGACCACGAAACUGUCCCUGUGGGGUUCUUAAACGGCGAGAUACUCGAUGGCAAUCUACACAUUUGGGAAAUGUCCGUCCACAAAGACCACCAGGGUAAAGGCAUUGGUCGAGCUCUCAUGGGCCAGGCGAAGCAAUGUGCAAUUGAGCAGAAGCUGCCAUUUGUGACGCUAACUACGUUUCGAAAUGUGCCUUGGAAUGAGACGUUUUACCAAUCUAUGGGGUUUGUCACACUGGAAGGGGAUGCAGUCACUGAUGCUUUGAGGGAGGUGUUGGAGAAUGAGGUUAAGGACGGAUUACCAGCUGAAAAGAGGUGUGCCAUGAGACUGUCGUUGGGUUUAUAA